GCGGCCACUGCGGAGCCAUGGCCGGGGGCAGCGGAGGCGGCAGGGGGCUCUGGAUGGCGUGGGGCAGGGGGCUCUGGAUGGCGUGGAUGGGCCUCCAACUCUGCUCCCUGACGUUGGGCCUGGAGGUUUCAGUGGGCAAGGCGCCCGUGAUCUACACCCGCAAUGGCACAGAUGUGCUCCUGCCCUGCACCUUCACUUCCUGCAUCGGCAUCAACAAAGCCAACUUCUCCUGGUUCCGCAACCACACUGAAUUGAUCUUCAAAGGAGUGGUGAAAAACAAAGACUCCAGGCCUGAACCCUACCAGGAAUUCAGGGACUGGUUCAAGUACAUGAUGCCCCCCGACAUAGCCCUCAGCAAGGACAACCGGGAGUUCAAUGUCUCCCUCCUCCUCCUCGAUGCUGAUUUCAGUGACUCUGGGAAAUACACCUGCCUGGUCAAGAACCCCAAGGAGAAGGACGCCACGCACAACGACACCAUCAUCCUGAAAGUGGUUGUGGAGUUGGAGAAAGUGGACAACACACUCACCCUGAUCAUCGUCUCUGUCGUGGGCGGCGUCAUUGGGAUCCUCAUCCUCAUCAUGGUGAUCAAGAAACUCACCCUCUUUGCUCUCAAGAAGAUGCGGGACAAGAAGGAGUGCCUGGUGAGCUCCUCAGCCAACGACAACACGGAGAACGGACUGGCCAGAUCCAAGGCAGAACAGAAGUCUGCCCCGAAGGCCUGAGGCCCACGGAUAUCCACCCCUACCCAUAGGAAUCAGGAGGAAUGAGACUCUGGAGGCCAGGCCCAUGGAAGGAGCAGCAGCAGGAGGAGGACAAGGUCGAGGUGGAGACUCAUGGGCCAUCUCCAAAACUGACUGGAAUUCCUUCAGAAAGGACUCUAACUCAGUGGGUUGCAACUGGCACUGCUUCUCUGAUAAGACUGCAGGUGUGGGGCAGGCAGGUGUAGGGCUGCCCAUUGCCUGUGGUUGGCAGAGUGGGAGGACUGUGUGCAUGCAUGCGCUUAGGCAGGGCUUGAGCCACCAUAGUAUGGGCAGAUCAGCUGACACUGGAGAGGGGGAGAGAGGCUAGAAAUUCAACUGGCACUGUGCCUGGGGUGGUUGCCCAGGAUGAGGACCUGUGAGGACCUGGAGGAGGGCAAACGUCCCCAUCUCAAAGGGAAAAAAGAGGAUCCAAACAAUUAUCGUCCAGUAGUCUGACAUCUAUACCAGGAAAGAUUCUAGAGCAGAUCAUAAAAAGAAAGUCUUGAACAAUCUAGAAAGCAAUCCCAUAAUCACAAAUAGUCAACAUGGAUUUCAGAGAAAGAAAUCAUGCCAGACAAACCUUACUUUCUUAAUAAAAUUACCAGCUUCGUAGAUGAAGGGAAUGCUGUUGAUAUAGUAUAUCUUGAUUUCCUGGCACCUUGGAGCUGCUUACCUUCAGAUGCAGCAACUCCAUGGCCCUCCUCUAGGCUUGCCAUACCUGCCUGGGGGCGGGACUUUCCCGGUUUGGGGCAGGUCCACACAGUCCUGCCCCGGUUUGCCCCCGCCCCCGGGAUUGCCCCGC